UUUCUCUCCGAUUGUAACACACCGCCGCACCUUAACCGGAAAUCACCAUCUUCCGGUCUUCUGUUUCGCGUGUUUGUAAAGAUGGCACCUCGCAGAGACGCUUCACCUGGGUCCAGUCUGGAGUCCGCUGUUAAACAAGUUCAGAUCGAAGGCCUGGUAGUGCUGAAGAUUAUUAAACACUACCAGGAGGAGGGCCAAGGCAGUGAGGUGGUACAGGGAGUGCUGCUGGGACUGGUGGUGGAUGACCGGCUGGAGAUCACCAAUUGCUUCCCCUUUCCUCAGCACACCGAGGAUGAUGCUGACUUUGAUGAGGUUCAAUAUCAGAUGGAGAUGAUGAGAAGCCUUCGUCACGUCAACAUCGACCAUCUGCACGUGGGUUGGUACCAGUCCACCUUCUUCGGCUCUUUCAUGAGCCGAGCCCUGCUGGACUCUCAGUUCAGCUACCAGCACGCCAUCGAGGAGUCUGUGGUGCUAAUCUAUGAUCCCAUUAAAACGGCUCAGGGUUCCCUGUCCCUCAAGGCCUACAGGCUGACCCCUAAACUCAUGGAGAUUUGCAAAGAGAAAGACUUCUCCACAGAAAGCUUGAAGAAGGCCAGUGUGGGCUAUGAGAAAAUGUUUGAGGAAGUUCCUAUCGUCAUCAAGAACUCUCACCUCGUCAACGUGCUGCUGUGGGAACUGGAGACCAAGACGACCGAAGUGGAAAAGCAUGAGCUGCUUAGCCUCUCCAGCAGCUCUCAUCUCGAGAAAAGCUUGCAGAUGCUGAUGGACCGAGUGGACGACAUGUGCCAAGACAUCAGCAAGUACAACAACUACAGCCGCAGCCUGAGCAAACAGCAGCAGCAAAAACACCAGUACGUCCAGAGGCGUCAGCAGGAGAACGCUCAGAGGCAGAGCCGAGGCGAGCCUCCUCUUCCUGAAGAAGACCUCACCAAGCUGUUCAAGCCUCCACAGCCUCCUCCACGCAUGGAUUCCCUGCUCAUAGCCGGGCAAAUCAACACGUAUUGCCAGACAGUGAAGGAGUUUACUUCUCAGAACCUGGGUAAGCUCUUUAUGGCAGAGGCUCUCCAAGGCCCUAGCAGCUAGAGGACAGCAGACGCGAUGGUUCUCCUGAGGCGAGUCCUGUAAUUGGUUACGAGUAAAUCUCCUUUAAGUUGCUACCAGAAGAAGUGGAAGAACAGUGGACAAAUGACCAAUGGUCCCUUUGCAGAACAUGUACCUAGUAUAAAAUUGUUACAUGAAUAUUUGUAAUUGUUCAUGUUUAUAAAUCAUUAUAACUAACGACUCCGCAUAGUUGGGUUUAUUUUCUUUUUUUUAAUAUUUAUAUAGCACAUGUUUUAGCUACUUGACCAGUAAAGAGAAAGCAGAAUUUACUCUCUUAGGUUUUGUAAAAGGAGAUUUGACUAAAUUUGAUAAUUAAACGGAUUAUGCCUAACUUUAAA